UUCCAUGAAUAUUUUUGUUCGCGUACUGCCAUCGAGAUGAUGUCGAUGAUGACCAUGAUUUGGAUCGAUCCCCUAUUUUUGUCUCGUUCCUAUUGCGCCUUCGUGAAUCUGGGCUGAUGCGUUCCCGGUUCUAAAUUUAGAUCGCAUACCUGAUUCAUCGAUGUGUUCCUCUUGCUUCUGUUUCUUGCCGAUCUCUUUCUCAGCGAUUUAAGUGCCGGGUCGCGCUUUCUAUCUUUUCUUUUUUUCUUUCUAUUUUUCUUCUGCACUCUUGCAGUCAUAAAUUUCUUGGUGGUUAAGUUUUUGAAGAGAAGGCUUUCCUAUGUGAGCUUCAUGUUUUGGACGAAGCAAUUGGGAGAACACAAAACUCUAGUGUUUCUUGGAAAAAUGGAAUUUGAAAAUUUUAGGUGCAAAAAAUAGUCCCUUAUCUGAAACCUAUACCGAGAAGUUAUACGAAAUAUAGUAAAGAACGGAUCUCAAUCGUGGGGAUGGAAAACAAAAAAGAAAAGAAGAAAAUUGUGCAUAAAAAGAGGCAAGAAGAAGAUAGGAACUAUUAUGCUUACAACUAUUGCUCAAACGGCUUAUUCAUUCAAAAAAUAUUAUAACAUGUUUUUAAGUAUUAUAGUUGUAGCAUAUUGUAGAAUAUAGCGCAAUUUUUUUUCUUGCACUCAAGGACAUAUCAGUCUACUUUUGUCCUCGGAAUUCAAUUUUAUGUAUCCUUACUAAUUCAGUAAUUUGGUAGCGUACCUUAAACGAAAUGGAUGAAACAAGUGCAUAUGCGUUGAUGAUCAGAUAUAAUUGUGGACUCAAUUGAACUAACAGAACACCAAAAUCAUGGUUUAAUAUUAUAAAUAGUCCUUAAUUAAGGAGAUUUCUAUUGGAAACCCUCUUUUACUACUUAUAGAAAAUUUUAAGAACUUUUAAUAUUCCUAAGAUACCUUCUGCAAUGAUCAUAAAUGUCCUCAAUUUAUCGCUUAAUUCCAACAAAAUCUUCCAACUCCUUCCAUGCACCCCCUUUUUCUUCCCAUUAUUAUUAUUAUUCUUAUUCUUCUUAUCCUCCUCUUGAUUCCAUAUGCAUCUUUCGUAGAUGAAAUAUGACAGAGAAAACAUAGAUUUUCAAAUGAGAUGAUCUGAAUAUCAAAGAGGAUGAGGUGACAAAUAGUUUUUACAUUUGUUAGAUCAAUUUAAUGUUUUUAGGGGUUAAGACGUUGGGUUAUAGAUCCGAAAGAUGAUAUUUCAAAUGUUUCUGCAAUAUCCCAGAAGAUGUCAUCUUUUGGGUCAUUCUGCAUCAACUCAGAACUCAGAAGAUGCCAUAAAAGGGUAUGAUUGGUAAUUGAGGGAUUGCAUUUAGUAAAAUUAUAUUUUAUUAUAUUUUAGGUGGUUGUAUGAAGACGUUUGUCAAUAACAAAAAAGGAUUGUCAAUAGCAAUCUCCUAAAUUAAUAGAUUUGAGAAAAAAAUUCAAUUCAAGGACAAUUACCGGUUAGAAUGUACAUAUCUCAUCUAGAUUGUAUCUCCACCAUCAAACCUCUAGGUGAAAUUUUUGAGUUUUUUAAUGAAGAUUUUCUUUAUCUGCACCCAGUGCUCAUUCCCAAAACAAAGUCUAACCUUUUGUCCUUGAGUAUCUGGGCAAGUGAAUGUCGGUUGAUUGUCAACACAUUUAAAAGUAAGCAAGCCUUAGAGUUGGUGCAGUUUGGCUGUGUAGUCACUGGGACUUUUCCACUCCUUCCCAAAUUAAAAUUGAUGUUUAAUUUGUGCAGUUUGGUGGUUAAUUAGAGUUUUGUUUUAUUUGGAUGGAUUUGUUUCCUUGUUUAAUAUGAUUAAGGAAAGUUAAUUAAAAAUUGAAAAUUGCUUCAUUAAUUCUAUGAGCUAAUUAGGAAUCUAUUUAAUUAAUUAAUUCAAAAGAUAUCUUUCUUUUCUUGAGGGAAAAACUCCUUCCUCUCCUAUAUAAUGAAAACUCCUCAUUUAUUUAUCAACGGGGUCAAGUGGAACUCGAUAGUGCGGGAUCAAAGGGAGGAACUUCCAUCUUGAAGAAGUUACAGGGAAGGGAUACAUCCUAAAAUCAUUUACAUUGAGCUUCUAUGUCAUGAUUGUUACUGAGGCAAGAUUUUGUAAAAGUGAAUCUGCUUAAUGGAUGAUGUUUAUGGAAAGCUAGAGGUUCUCCCAGAACACUUCCGACCCACCGAAGCAUCUGAACACUCUCCCCAAACAACAAAUUCAAGGGCAGAUUAUAAGCUGAGAUCACUUGGCCAUUCGUGGGCUGUAAGAAGAGUAAUGGGAGCUGCAUCUCUGCUGAACUUGUUUACGCUUUCACGUCUUCCAUGGGGAUCAAGAGAUCACAAUGAUAAGAUUGAACUUACUAGAGUAGAAGUAGAGUCUCUUCGGUCAGAAAUUGCAGAUGCAGAGGAAAGAGAGACGUAUCUAAAAGCUCAGUUGGAACAUCUUGAUGGAAUUUUGAGGUCUGCAUGGCUUUGUGGUUAUCUCUAUGUCCGAACUAGGUGGACGCAACUUCCUGGAGAACCUCCUAUAAUAGAUGAUGAUGACAUAGAUGAUUGGCUUCCCCGCUUUGUUGUCCUUCACGGCUCAUGUAUCUAUUAUUAUCUCAAGUCUACUGAUUUGAGUCCUCAAGAUAGCACACUGUUAUCUGAUGUUGUUGAAGUUGGGCCACUUCCAAGCUUCAAACAUGAUGAUGAAGAAAUAAGACAUGCAUUUUACCUUUUAACCUGUCAAGGUUUGCGGUUUGAAUGCUCAAGUAUUUCUGAGUUACAGGUGGAAUCAUGGCUGACAACAUUACGAAGUGAUUGCAAACUCAAGUCUGGGUCAACUCUCCAGGAUUCAAUCAAAUCAUAGGAGCCAUUAGGUACCUGAGUCUUGUAAAUAGUAUAAACUCAUCCUGAGUUGUUAAAUAUAUAUUUUUUACAUUAUUGCAUUUACCUACUGCAUAUUGUUAUUUCCUGAGUGAUUAAAGUGGACGCCUGUGUAACUUGCAAUUGUACGUUCUUAUUCCCAGAAGUACAACAAAUGAUUUGCAUAUAAUAAUAAUCAGAAGAUGGCUUCUGGGUCAAACUUUUGCUCUGA